GCAAUUUCUCUCAAUAAUUUGAACUUCAUGCCCUAAUCUAAGCAACCGCCGCCGAUUCCGCCGCCAUCGCCGUCGCCGGAAACAACAGCAAUACGAAUCUCGACUCCGAUCAUCAGGAGGAUCUGAAUAAACCAGGUUAAGAAAAAUGGCUACAAACACUACUGUUAAGUGCCCUGCUCCGAUGAAGGCGACAUCAAAUGGUGUAUUCCAGGGCGAUGAUCCAUUGGAUUUUGCUCUGCCUCUUGCAAUCCUUCAGAUAUGUUUGGUGGUUGUUCUAACUCGGUUCCUAGCUUUUCUUCUCAAACCAUUGAGGCAACCCCGAGUUAUUGCAGAGAUUAUUGGAGGUGUGUUAUUGGGUCCAUCUGCAUUUGGCCGGAGCACGGCUUACCUUCACAAGGUGUUCCCAGCUAGAAGCCUGACUGUGCUCGACACACUAGCGAACCUCGGCCUGUUGUUCUUUCUGUUCCUUGUCGGGUUAGAAUUAGACCUGAAAUCUCUUCGAAGAACAGGAAAACAAGCAUUGUGUAUUGCAGCUGCAGGAAUUAGUCUCCCAUUUGCGUUAGGAAUCGGUGCUUCAUUCGCACUAAGAGCAACAAUCUCUCAUGGUGUAAAAGAAGCUCCUUUUCUCGUCUUCAUGGGUGUCGCACUCUCCAUAACUGCAUUCCCUGUUCUUGCACGUAUCUUAGCCGAGCUUAAGCUCUUAACCACAGACGUCGGUCGAAUGGCAAUGUCUGCAGCCGCAGUAAACGAUGUUGUUGCUUGGAUUCUACUCGCGCUUGCGAUUGCACUUUCAGGGUCUGCCCAUUCUCCUAUUAUUUCUUUAUGGGUGUUCUUAUGUGGGUUCGGUUUUGUUGGACUCUGUUCUAUUGUUAUCCCACGGAUAUUCAAUUGGAUGGCUAAACGUUGCCCUGAGGGCGAACCUGUGGACGAGGUUUACAUUUGUGCUACUAUGGCCACAGUUUUAGCUGCAGGGUUUGUAACUGAUUCAAUCGGGAUUCAUGCGCUUUUUGGUGCGUUUGUGGUUGGUGUUCUUAUUCCAAAAGACGGGCCUUUUUCAGGUGCGUUAGUUGAGAAAGUGGAGGAUUUGGUAUCGGGUUUGUUCCUUCCUCUUUAUUUCGUGUCGAGCGGUUUGAAAACAAACGUGGCUACUAUUCAAGGACCGCAAUCGUGGGGGCUUCUUGUUUUGGUUAUAAGCACGGCCUGCGUUGGGAAGAUGGUUGGCACGAUUGUCGUAUCGCUUCUAUGUAAGAUUCCGUUUCGUGAAUCGCUGGCGUUGGGAUUCCUGAUGAAUACUAAAGGUUUGGUUGAGCUCAUCGUGCUUAAUAUUGGGAAAGAUAAAGGUGUUUUGAACGACCAAACGUUUGCGAUUUGUGUUCUGAUGGCUCUGUUCACAACUUUUAUCACUACGCCACUUGUGAUCGCGGUUUACAAACCGGCUAAGAUGAACGUUCGAGCUGAGUAUAAGUAUAGAACGAUUCAGAGAAGGGCUACAAAUUCUCAGCUUCGGUUAUUGGCUUGUUUCCAUAAUACUAGGAACAUUCCGUCUUUGCUUAACUUAAUAGAAGCAUCUCGUGGAACUUCGAUGAGGAACGGGCUUUACGUUUACGCCAUGCAUCUCAUGGAGCUCUCAGAGAGAUCCUCCGCCAUUCGAAUGGUUCUCAAGGCGACGAACGACGGGGUUCCGUUCUGGAACAGGGGUCAGUCUUCGGAUUCAAACCAAGUCGUUGUAGCGUUUGAAACGUUCCGUCAGCUAAGCAGAGUGACGAUUCGACCUACGACCGCUAUCUCGAGAAUGUCUAACAUCCAUGAUGAUAUAUUUAGCAGCGCGGAGAGUAAGAGGCCCGCGAUGAUAAUUCUUCCUUUCCAUAAAUACCCUCGGCUCGACGGGCAGCUCGAGGUAAUGAGGGCGGAAUUCAGACAGGUUAACAGGAAUGUUCUAGAAGGAGCCCCGUGUUCGGUUGGGAUACUCGUCGACCGCGGGCUAGGUGGGAACACUCAUGUUUCUUCGAAAAACGUGAACUCUGUUUUCACGGUUUUGUUCUUUGGUGGGCAUGACGAUCAAGAGGCUCUGGCUUACGGGGCUCGAAUGGCGGAGCAUCCGGGGAUUACAUUGGUCGUAAUUCGAUUCAUGGUGAGUCCGAGGGCGAUGGGGGAAUUUGUGAACAUUGAUGUGGAGAAAGUUUACGGGAAUGCGGAACGUUUGGAGGAUGAUAAUGUGUUUGCCGGUUACAAGGAUAAAUUAAAGGAUAUUGAUUCGGUUAAGUUUGAGGAAAAAUCGGUUAGUAGUGCGGGCGAAGUUGUCGAGGUUAUACGUGAGAGGAGCGGCAGUUGUAAUCUGUUUGUGGUGGGGAGAAUUCCUGCGGGGCAAUUAGCGGCGGCUUUGAAGGUGAAAUCGGAUUGUUCUGAAUUGGGACCGGUUGGAGGAUUGUUGACUUCACCCGAGUUUACAACUACGGCUUCGGUUCUUGUGGUGCAGCAGUAUCGGGAUCAGCUUUCUUCGGACUCGUUGGCGUCUUUAAAAGAAGAAGACGACGAUGAAGAGACUCCGGGACGAGGGAGCGAUCUUUGUUCGGAUACAAAUUGAAUGUUUCUCGGUUGGGAUUAAAUCGCGUGGAUUAGGUUUGUUAAUCUUGUAAUGUGCUAUGUCUAAUGUCUAUGUUACCAAAAAUAAAAGUGGCUCAUCAUAAUCAUUGUUUUACAAAAAUGUAUUUGCUACUUUUAUUAAUAACUUUAUAUUUUUAAUAUGUGGUCAUAACUUGUUUUAUACUUGUGCUUGAAGAAUAAUUAUAUAAAAGAUUGCAAUCCCAAU